UCAGAAAUUCAGAAUGCCAUCCGUGCAUUGACCGUCGGGUGAAAGCUAUAUACAUACAUUCCUGACCGUUUAAAGCGUCUCUUUUUUUACUACUCCCUCUUUUUUUUCUCAAAAUUCACUUCCACCUUUGAUCGGUACGAUCACUCUUGCUUCCCUCUCUCAUACUUCAGCCGCAUACACCUCUCUUUUGACUCCGCGCUAUUUCAUUCAAUCUUCUUCUCUUUUCAAAAUCAACAACAAUGGCGAUCACGUACUUGAGGCAACCUUCCAAGAAAAAACUCAUGACAGAAGAUAAGAAGAUUUCGGCAAUAUGUGAUUUAAUCACACAGCUCAACUACACCCCCAAGUCAUUCCUUCAAACAUUCCUCCAACGAAAAAACAUGAAGUCAGCCGUUCAACGCCGGUUCUGGGGCACACGAAUAGGAUGGCCGACCACACUUGUGCUCCUCAAAUCUAUUCGUGCCGUUAUUGUCAAAAAACCCUCUGGCCGUCAACGAUGGGAAGAUUUCAUUCUAGCUGAGGCAACCGGAAUUGUUGAGGCACAGAAACCUCCCCGCGGAGCGUUUCCCAAAGGCGCAUAUCACAACACAAAGACUCUCUCGCCCUACUUUCAUUGA